AUGGCUGUUCAGCCCGGCUGCUGCAUGUAAACGGCUGACUGAGCUAGCUCCGCUGCUAGCUACACUCUGAUAAACAAGGAGGGGUCGUUAGGGGGCGGGGCCUAAGAGGAGAGGAAGCUCGAGCUCUACAGGCCUUUUCCUUACCUUAUCAGAUGAUCAAGGGACCUAAAUGUCCACAUGUGUAAUUUCAUUGUCAUGAACCAAAGUCCAACUGUUGCAACAACAUGCACAAAUUUCAACUACGGAAAGGACAGGAAAGGAUUUAUCGGGAUUUGAAAUUAUGGGCUCAGUACCCAUGAAGGAUGACUAAUAUUCACCUGUACAGGGAUUGAUCCACUGAGGCCAAAGGAUGGUAAAACGUGUCAUGGUAGCCUAUGCCCUGUGGGCAGCAGGUGGGCUUUUGGGCCUUCACCAUAUAUAUUUAGGAAGAGACAGCCAUGCUCUGUUAUGGAUGCUAACCCUGGGAGGAUUUGGGUUCGGCUGGGUCAGAGAGUUCAUACGUAUUCCUGCAUAUGUUGCUGAGGCCAAUCAAGAUGCAGAGAAAGAGAGAAGAACCCGCCCCACCAUGGUUCCUCCGCCUGUAAGCCCUGUCAGGUUUGUUGGUCAGGUGUGUGUUGGGAUCUACUUUGGCACCGUGGCUCUGAUUGGGCUGAACUCCCUUGGUUUCUUCUACUUGAUCGUGCUGCCUCUAUGUGUGGGUGCAGGGGUACAUCUGGUGUCCUGUAUUGGCCAGCAGACUUCUGACCUCCAAAAAACGUUGGUGACUUGUCUCAUAACCUCCCCGAUAUUCUAUGGCAGCACCUUAUCACCUCUCCCCAUAAGCCUGGCCGCCAGUGUCACUGCUGCACAGCACCGCAGGGUCAAACCUCCACGAACACCCGGGAGUACACAGAAACUAGGUCCACGGCUUUACAAGCUCGGUCUAGCCUGGCUGGCCUUCUCUGCUCCGCUGGGUUACUGUAUUUUCCACAACACCACAGCCACUUUGUACUACCUGUCUGACUGUGUAGCAGCACUGCUGGAUAUUUUCUGGUUCCUGCCUUGGCUCAGAAAUGUGUUGGAGUACAUUCUUUUAAUGCCAUAUCGGCUCUUGUGCGUUCUUACCGGAGGGGGGUACUAUGAAGACGCUUGGAGGAAGGUGCUGGAAAUUCUGCUCAAAGAGUACACUGAGAGAGAAAAAGAGGCACUGCGGGUAUUGUCAUUGGAAACGGAGGCCUCUCUUGAAGACAUAACUCACAGCUACAGAGACCUGGCCAAGACAUGGCAUCCAGACCACAACCCCAGCAAGGAUGCUGAGGCAAUGUUUGUGAAGAUCCAUGAGGCCUAUGAGGUCCUUCUACAACGGCACAAACCUCGUCAAUUCGGAUAGUUAAACCUUCAUUCCGCACUGACUGGCCUGAAAAAUAGUUGCGAGGGCACAGUGAGGUCAUUCCUGAUAUGCAGCAACAUUUCGGCCUUAAAAAAAUAAAUGGAUUUUUCAUGUUUAUUUGCAUUAUAUAAGAAUAGUGACAUGUUUAAUUGUCAGGAAAACAUAUUUGCCAAUCUCAGGCACUCAUAUAAUAAUCUUUAUGGGUGGACUGGUUUAUUGGUCUAUAAACCUAAUAGGGUGGAACAUUUUUCCAGCGAUAGCUCUGUGAGUGAUCCAGAUUUAGCUAGCCACCCAUUCUAUACAUAAACAGAAAUUUUGUAA